UUUUCUGGUGUCUGUACCAGAACUAGCACAGUGAAUCCUUUCUUACUCAAAAAUAUCCGAAGAAAGAUACGCCAAUUACUUAACAUGCAAAGUUACCUACUAAAAAUUUAAUUCCAGUCACAUACACAUAGUUCGUUUUUCUGUUCUCGAUUCCAUUAUAAAGCAAUACCCACCAUUUUAAAGCCAGAGAUAAAAGAAGCCCCAUUUGUCUGAAAGGCUUAUCCUCUUCAAAGAAAACAAUCAUGAGAGGGUUCAAAACUAAAAAACCUUCAUUUUCCUUCAUUUUCUUGCUGUUUCUUGCUGUAUCAUGUAUUUCUACAGCCCAACAGCAAAAUCCCAUAAAAACCAUUGUCGUUUUGGUAAUGGAAAACAGAUCUUUCGAUCACAUGCUUGGUUGGAUGAAGAAAGCAGUAAAUCAGGAAAUUAAUGGAGUUACAGGGAGAGAAUGUAACCCAGUAUCAACCAAGAAACCAAACCCACAAUCCAUUUGCUUUACUGAUGAUGCAGAGUUUGUGGAUCCAGAUCCUGGCCAUUCCUUUGAAGCUGUUGAGCAACAGGUAUUUGGUAAUGGCUCAAUUCCUUCCAUGUCUGGUUUUGUUGAACAAGCUCUCACUCUGUCCCCAAACCUCUCUGAAACUGUCAUGAAGGGUUUUAGGCCUCAAUCUGUUCCUGUUUAUGCUGCUUUAGUAAAAGAAUUUGCAGUUUUUGAUAGAUGGUUUUCUUCAAUCCCUGGCCCAACACAACCCAAUAGGCUGUUUGUAUAUUCCGCUACUUCUCAUGGCUCAACUAGCCAUGUCAAGAAGCAAUUGGCUCAAGGGUAUCCUCAAAAGACAAUAUUUGAUUCACUUCAUGAGAAUGGUAAAAAGUUUGGGAUUUAUUUUCAAAACAUACCCACAACUCUGUUUUAUAGGAAUAUGAGGAAAUUGAAGUACAUUUUUAAGUUUCACCAAUUUGAUUUGAAGUUCAAGAAAGAUGCAAGAGAUGGAAAGUUACCUAGUUUAACUGUAAUUGAACCAAGGUAUUUUGACCUUAAAGGAGUGCCUGCAAAUGAUGACCAUCCAUCUCAUGAUGUUGCCAAUGGCCAGAAACUUGUCAAGGAGGUUUACGAGGCACUGAGGGCCGGCCCUCAAUGGAACGAGACACUUUUGGUAAUUACUUAUGAUGAACAUGGUGGGUUUUACGAUCAUGUCAAGACUCCUUAUGUUAAUGUUCCUAAUCCAGAUGGGAACACUGGCCCUGCUCCUUCUUUCUUCAAGUUUGACCGACUCGGGGUUCGUGUUCCUACUAUUAUGGUCUCUCCUUGGAUCAAGAAAGGCACUGUGAUUAGUGGUCCAAAAGGACCUACUCCAAAUUCAGAGUUUGAGCACUCUUCAAUUCCUGCAAGUAUAAAGAAAAUGUUCAACCUCUCCUCCAACUUCUUAACUCACAGGGAUGCAUGGGCAGGCACAUUUGAAGAGGUUGUUCAAGGAUUAUCCUCUCCAAGAACUGACUGUCCAGAGACCUUGCCAGACGUGUUGCCUUUGAGAACCACAGAAGCAAAGGAAGAGAGUAGCUUAUCUGAGUUUCAGAGUGAAGUAGUUCAACUAGCAGCAGUUCUUAACGGCGAUCAUUUCUUGAGUAGUUUUCCAGAUGGGAUGAGCGAGAAGAUGAACGUGCGAGAAGCUCAUGAAUAUGUAAGAGGUGCUGUUACAAGGUUUAUAAGAGCCAGUAAAGAAGCCAUUAAGUUAGGAGCAGAUCAAUCUGCCAUUGUAGAUAUGAGGUCAUCCCUCACUACCAGAUCUUCAGUCCAUGAUUAGUAGUAAACUAGUAAUACAUAAUUUGUGUAUUAUUAGAAUUAUUGAAUUGUUCAAACUAGGAAACAAUAAAAGCUAGUAAAAUAUUACUUCAAGAAUGGCAAGCAGUAAAUCACAAGAACACCAUCUUUAGAUGCUUGCAUAAGAUAUAAGGUUUUCAUAUAUAAAAGAGAUUUUACAACUUAAUUAAGCUGCAAA